UGGAAAGCAAUGUCAAUUGAAGCUCUGGUUAUGGUAGGCGGGGAUUACAUGGAAUGUGCCAUCAAUCUUGAAGCAUGGGAAUGCUAUGGCUCGGAACAGCCAUCUCCAUACCUUCUAGCCGAUCAACAAAAUCCGAGAACCGAGGUAGACAGAAAGGGUGCUGAUAGGUUGGUAGACAAUGGCAAGGUGGUUAAAGCAAAGAUGAGGUAA